AUGCAGCUCGUGGUAGAGGAACACGUGGACCUGUCAGGCUCUUCCCUCGGGGCCAGCUCGGAGAUGUGCAUGCUGCGGCAUGCACCUCUUUUGGUUUGCCACCAAUGCCGCUCGCCCGCCCACGCUUGUAGCUGCGACGGCAAGAACACCGACCACACCAGAAUCGAGACAAGACGAUUUGGAGGCAGGGAGGGCAAUACGGUGAUGUUGUGGCACUGCCUUGACGAAAGCUGGGAUGACCUGCUUUAUGCUCUCAAAAUACAAAGCCUCGGGACAAAUCCACUCAUAGGUAGCACCAUGCCCCCUGCUACCCUCACCAAGACGUUUCACAUGAAGAGAGCAAAAUGUUUCAAACAGAUAUUGAGGCAACUGCAGUAUCAAGACAGAAUGCGUACUUUCUGCACGUUUGCAAGCAAUCCCAUUGCUCCUUUGCAAGAAACCACACAAUUCGCCGCAGACGAUAAUUAUUACUCCCAUGACCAAUUUUUAAUACGGAGGCUCUGGUAUAGCGGGCUUAGGCAGCGGAUGCAGCAUGUUGCAGCAGUAGAAAUAAUUCGGGCUAGGGCAGCGCGUCGACUAUUCAAGAUGCACACUUGGCUCGAAUCCCAAGGGAUGAAGCGGGAAACGAUCAUGGAACCGAAACAAGCUGCUCGGCAACACAAAAACCAACAGAACCAUAUAAGAGGGCCUGGGGCUCUAUCAGAUCGGUCUGACAUGGACUGCUUCCAGAGACAGCCCACCGUAGAGGGGGGGAAAGGGCCUCAUGUAAGCAGGGGUGGAGUUGAACUUCUGAAAUGGCACGAUAAUGCACCACAUGGCAGUUCAAGGACAGCAAAUGCCCUAGCUGGUGAUGGACUGGUAGACACAGCUACAGGCUCACGAAGAGACAUAGUGGAAUCAAUCAAUAGAGAAGGCGAAUGGCGUGUUAGACUUGCGCCUCCGACGCACUUGCAUCAUUUAGGAGACACCGGAGAAUGGGAGGGGCAAAUCAUUCCAUGCCUCCAGUCCUGGGGAGCAGAGAAGAUAAUUAUUGGGGAGCUUUUCAUGUGCAUGCAAGAUAACACUCCUUUAUCACCCAUGCCAAGGUGUGACGUUGAAGUGUUUCGACUGAAGAAGGCAGAUCCUACUACGUACACCGGAGGGCUUGAGGUCACGGACGUCGAUGUGAUUCAGUCUCUUUUAGUAGCGACCCCAUCCCUGCUUGAAAACGCACCUGGUGAUUGGGCCUUUCCGUUGAACUCCGGGGUGCCACAUGAUACGCGAGAGAGUAAAGUCGUAAGGAUAGAAGCUCGACGAUACAGUCAUGAAGCCCAGCAUGUGAUGCUUUCGUCACGCAUUGACCCAUCUCUCAUGGUGGAAGAAGCUUGGCGCUUGAUUGAGGAGCUACCUUCAGACACAUGCGCAUGUCUGCCAAUGCCAAGCUUCGUAGAGUCAGACCUAGCCUACUGCUUUCUUCAGUCAGCCGUGGAGGCAAAGGCUGGAAAUGUCCCCCAAAGCAUAAUACCGCCCUUUGCAGAUAUUCCCCCCAUGAGCUGUAGCCUUGGGAGAAAUUCCUUUAGCAAUCCUAUGUCUGUGUGGCCGUCUGGUGAAAGCUAUCACGAAACUGUGAUCUGCUAUCCAUCAACGACAGAGCAACAAGUAUCUCAUCUUGCCUCAGUGGGUGGAACUGCAACACACGCUAGCCAAACAGUCAAAAGCUCAGCUAGCAGACAAGGCUAUUUGUUUCUGCCGCAGCAAGGAACCUCAAACCACGAGGCAGGAUUGCUAGGAGGUAUAACGUUCCCGGCUGAGAAGGAAUUAGAUGCUCUGGCCUCAGAAGAGUACGACCAUGCAGUCACCCUGCGAAAACAGAGUAUGGCGCUGGCAGAAAUAUGGGGCACGAGCAGGAGAGAACAACAGGAGGUCAUAUUUAACGUAAAUAAGAAGUUGCCCCACGAGUUCCAGGCGCCGUGA